AGCAGCUUCGUACAUGAUUUUAGUCGUUAUCCGGAAAAUCCGCCAUCCAUCCCACAGAUUACUCUCAGGGAGUAAAGGUAAUGGAUCUUCUCGCGCUAAUGGACAGCUUACCGAAAAGAAAACAAAAGAACUGUGACAACUGCGUCUCUGGGAAAAGGCGAUGCGAUAGACGAAAGCCCGUGUGCUCCAGAUGUGCGCAUAAGAGAGUAUCCUGCAUCUACGGCAGGAACAUUCCGACUGGUCAGUUUGACCACGGCCAAACUGAGGCAUCGAUGCUCUUCAUGAACGAGAUAGCCUCAGAAAGCCCUACAUGCUCUCCCGUGGCCCAAGGCCAUCCGCCGAACGACGAGCUUAGGGAUUUUUGCCUGGAUCCUCGACUCGGCGACGCAACAACUGAUUCUUUGCAAAACUUCAUGAUAAAUGCUUGUUUCGACGGAAACGUUACCACGAAUCCUUUCACCACCUUAAUAGAGAAUAACUUAACACCGAAUCAGGAUCCAUGGCUCUUCCAAGUCGAGCAAGGGAUUAUGCAAGAGCGCUCCAGUAGUCCUGUGGAUGAAGAGGUAAUGAAGGCCUAUGGGAAUAUGGCUGGUAUCUGUGCAGAUGUGGAGCCUUGGCAUCUUUAUGAUCCAACUACUCCUUUACAUUACACCGUUAAUCGCGUGAAAAGCUUUAUCGACGACGUUGCUUCGCAGAAUGCGACACCUUUCAUGCACCGCUACCUCUACAGAGACUAUACACCACCAUGCAUUCUAUCUUGCUUCGCCACCAGUGUACUUUAUACUCACCGUACACAGGCAAACACAAGUAUGGUUAUGCGGGCAAUACAUAACGGCGUGAAAAAACUUGUCAAUGCUGAAACCGGCCAUAUACCGGCGACGCCGCUGGAGAAGCUUGCUCGAACCCAAGCACUCUUUUUAUAUCAGAUUAUUCGUCUUCUCCAUGGGGAUGUUACACUACGUGCACAGGGCGAGAGUGACAUUGCAUUGUUGCAGGCAUGGUUGGGUGAUCUUUGUAAGGUGCGCGAGAAUUUGAGUGGUUGCGCGCAGUAUGGCCACCGUGAGACGCGCAACCCGACGCCAAAGUGGGAGAGCUGGAUAUUUGCAGAGUGCGUGCGAAGAACCAUUAUCAUGGCACACUCAUUUUUGAAAAUCUAUGAGAUGAUGCGAGGUCCCGCACAAGGAGACGACCAAGGAGUUUGGGCCUGCGUCCAUCGCUGGACCAUAUCGCGACAUUUGUGGGAAGCGAAAUCCCCCUCUGAAUUUGCUCAUAUGUGGAAAGAAAGACCGCAGUUCAUUAUCAGCAACUACUCAUUUAAACAUUUCCUCCAGCAUGGAAGAGCUGAUAGUCUAGACGAGUUCGCCGAGAUUCUUCUCCGCGUUUAUAUGGGUGCUGAUGCCAUGAAGGAGUUUGUCUCUUCGAGAUAAUGAUAAACUCGGCGACAUGAUUACAACUGUGCAUGCUCCACCAAAUAUCGAUCAUGGACUGCAACCUGCCU